AUGAAGGCUUCAGUAAUGAGCACGGCUCUCGCAGCCCUUACCUUCCUCCCCUCUCUGAGCACGUGCACUCCCAUCGCAAGCCCCAGCUCAGUAGCCAUCUCCAAGCUUACUCCAUCCCUCCCCCUAACAGUCAGUGUUGUGAAGACCUUUGACUUCCCUUCAUGGUGCGAAAACUUCGCCAUCAGAUCCAACGGCAACCUUCUCGUCUCCCGUCUUGAUACUCCCGAGGUCCUCCUCGUCUCCCCCGCAAACGCAUUUGAGCCCAUCACCGUCACCACCUUCAACGCCACUACCUACAAAGGCGCCCUCGGUAUCUCCGAAACCACAGAAGAUGUCUUCUACGUUAUCACCUCCGCUCAAGUCGACGACUCCUUUGUCAAAACCAGCGGCGUAAACUCCAUCUGGAAAAUCAACAUGAACACCUUCGUCCAGUCCAACGGAAUCAUUAUCUCUCCCGCCACCGUAACAAAGAUCGUCGAUAUCCCCGGUGCCGAUUUCCUCAACGGAAUGACCACUUUGGACGACGAAAAUGUGCUCGUAGGAGAUAUCUACAACGGCUGGGUCUACAAAGUCUGCGUCGCCACCGGCACCUACUCCAUCAUCGUCAACGAUCCCAAGAUGAAGUUUCCCGCGGGCGCCUCCACCAAUCUCGGGGUCAACGGUAUCAAAAUCUCCAAUUCCUAUCUCUACUGGACCAACACGGCUGUUGGUACUCUCAACAAAAUCAAGAUUGCAAGCGAUGGAACCCCAAUCGGCUCCAGCUCCGUCGUCGUAAGCAAUGUUCCCAAAGCAGAUGAUUUUAUUUUCAAGAGUGACGGUACUAUCUGGGUUGCGCAAAACCAAAUGGAUGAAUUGAGUUAUAUUCCUGUCGGAGCUACUCAAGCUACUUUGGUCGCUGGAAGCAAUACUUCGACUACCUUGGCUGGUGUUACUUCGGGUCAUUUUGGAAGAACUGCCAAUGAUGCUAACAUUUUGUAUAUGGCUACUAGUGGUGGAUUGGCAUUACCCAUCAACGGAACCGUGACCGUAGCAGGAAGUAUCGUCAAAAUCGACACCACUGGGUUUUAG